AUGAAAUUAUUAUCGAGCACACUGUUAACCAGUGUGCACACAUUAGCUGUCAAUAUACUGCCCUGUCGAGUAACUGUAGCGGCCACCGGAGCCAACUGGAACCCACAGCAACAGCAGCAUAGUGUCAUACUAGUGAACGGUACUAAAGAUGGCUUGACAUUCAACUGCGACGGAGAUACUGUUUUAAAUUAUGUGACAAAGGACAACUGCCCUUAUCCAAUUUAUCCAACAACGACCACCGACAACAAAAACUUCCAGCAGUUCCUCAAAUACAACACUAAUCAAAAGGGAUUCUCGUCGUCACAACUGAAGACUGAAUUCGACCAGCAGUGCAGCAGCAGUAACAACAACGCAAUUCAUUUAACAACAGCAGCAACUCGAACAGGGCCAUCAACAAUAGAAACAACUGACCGGCGUCUGGAAGUCGUACAACGUGCCUUGGACUUCAUUUUGGAUACCAUCGAGGACCAUCGUCAGGUGGAUAAUCAUUGGGCCAUUCUGCUGUUGCUGCGUAAAUUGAGCGAUGUGCGCGAUUAUUUGUUAAGCGAAGAGAUCGAUGAGUUUUCAAUAGCGGCACAAUUGAAACACGAAUUUGAUCAAAGAAUCCAAGAAUUGUCAACCAAAAUUGAUAGUGUAACAACAGAAACACUCACCUCAAAUCACGAUCCGAUGGGCUUUGAUCUGUUUAACAAGAUUCGUCAAUGGUUACAGCUGGGCGGACGAAGCCAACAACCCAAGGAUCAACAAUCUAAUCAAACGGUUGGAAAUGACGUUGAACAUAAACGCAAGCGCAGCUAUCAACUUUCGAGCAACGAGGAUUCCGCAGAACGUUUGAUUAAAUAUCGUCGAGUCGAUAAUACAUUUCCCAAAUUCAUGCCGAAUGACGCUGAUGACUACAGCCAUAUGGCGGAAUCCAGGCAGCGCAACGAUCAGGACAAUAAUAGCAAUAGCUUGGCAUGCCAAAGCCUAAAACGUCUUUCGAUGUUCAACGCGCCACAAACACGUCGCGCACGUGUUCGCAACACGCAGACAACAACAAUCGAUUUGUCGGACUCGGAGGAGCAGCAGCAGCACAACGAGAGCAACAUUUAUCAGGCGUUCUCCGAUCGUCUUGUUGUAGAUGUGCCCACAAUGCCGCGCUCCGAAUUCGGACGCACUUCGUCGGCCACUCGACCAAAUCUACUGUACUCCGAUGCAUUGCGCUGCGGCACAAAUGGCUUUGCAUCCGAUCUGCACUUCUCAAGUCCAUCCAAUAGUCUGUCAUCGUCGGAGGCGCGUUUGAAUGGACAUGCCAGCAAUAUGUACGAGUCGAGCGUAAGCAGAGACAAUGUUCUGGUCUUGGAGGAUGAACGCAACGAGCACAAUCAGUAUAUUAAUCUAAUCAACAAUAUGACGCUGCACGACAGCGUAUGUCCAACAUUGCCCCGCCGCCCUCCUGGCUUGGUGCGCGAUGCGAAUGAGAAGCCACCAACACCGCCGCGUCUGCAGCGUAUCAAUAGCAAUGAGGACGAUUGGUAUCGCGGUGUAAUGAAGAGCAAAGCCGAACGACGUCCAUCUUAUACACUGGAUCGAUCCGAGUACUUCAAGCUGCUGGAGAGCAAAACAAAACAUCAAUAUGCACCCCAGCCAAUGCCAGCGCUGGGCGGCAUAAAGAAAACACCAGAGAUAAGUUACUCGGGCAUUGAGAGCGUUAAAACUAUGCCCAAAAAGGACAGCGACAAGUCGACGUUAUCGAAACCCCAGAGUGAACUACAGAGCGAAACUGUCGUCAAUAACUCGCUAGUGCAGUCGCUUGCAUCGACUGUGAUUUCUCGGCCAUUAACCAAGGCUUUGCAGCAACGUCAUCGCAGUUGCAUCUACUAUUCUGAUAACUUUCAGAAGAACCUUACCGAGAAAACGGUGCGUAAGCAUCAGCAGGCUAUCAAUGAGAAGCAACAGCUAAUUCAGGAAGCCAACAAAGCCACGGAGGAACGUAGUGCAUAUGAGCAGAAUGUGCUUGAGGCAUUGUCUAAGCGCCGCUUUAUAGGCAAAACUAUAUUUGUGUUGGAGAAGUUUCCAUCGGCUGAGGAGGAGGAACCUAAAAUUAUACCAUUCACUGAUGAACAUCAGCAGCGUUACAAUGAACUCGUCUAUGGACCGUCCCAAAUGCUGCUCGUCUCCAAGUUCAGCCUCAAUAUCACUCGCAGCGACAUCAGCACGCUCACUGGCAGCUGCUGGCUGAACGAUGAGAUUAUUAACUUCUACAUGAAUUUACUCACCGAUCGCUCCGAAAUCAAGAAGGGCAAGUUGCCCAGCGUUUAUGCGAUGAACACGUUCUUCAUCCCACGUCUGCUGCAGAACGGUCACAGUGCCGUAAAGCGUUGGACACGCAAAGUGGAUCUGUUCAGCAAGGAUAUAAUUCCAGUACCCGUGCAUGUGGGCGGUGUCCAUUGGUGCAUGGCCAUCAUUCACAUGCGGAACAAGACGAUCCGCUACUACGAUUCAAUGGGCAAGCCCAAUCAGAUGGUGUUGAACGCCCUGGAGGCAUAUCUGCGCGAGGAGUCGCUCGAUAAACGCAAGGUGCCCUUCGAUACCAGUGACUUCAAGAUCGAGAGUGUUCAGAAUGUACCACAGCAGACAAAUGGCAGCGAUUGCGGCGUCUUUAGCUGCAUGUUUGCCGAGUACAUUACACGGGAUCAACCGCUGAGUUUCUCGCAGGAGAACAUGGAAUAUUUCCGCAAGAAGAUGGUCCUCGAAAUCUGCGGCGGCGCACUGUGGAAUUAAUCGAUUGAUUGAUGUGGAUUUAAGAACACCAGCUCAAGCAGCGCCGGCUCCCCCUCUAGAAUUAAUUAUAACUUUGAAGUCUUCUAACAUUAGUGAAGAGAGCGAGAGGACUGGCGCUGCUUGAGCAAUAAAAAUAGUUUAUUUAUUUUUGAUGCAUUUCGUUUUUCAUUCUCUAGAUUUUUUUUUCAUCACAACGGGUUAACAAUGAUCUUAUUAACAGGAUACAACACACGAUAACCAUACAUUUAUAUUCAUAUUCAUAAUCCAACUCGUAUAAACUCGCGAAACGCACAUCGGAAAAGUCAACAAUUUUCCCCUUAUAAUAGUUUAGCAUUUUGCAAUUAAGUCGCCGAAGUUAUAAGCAAUGAACAGAACACACAUUUUAAUUAACUCAAACUACAAUUACCUGUGUCAUGUAAUAAUUUUGUUAACCCGUACAUUUAAUAAAGGAAAAGAAAAGAAAA